AUGUGCGAAGGAAACUGUAAUGCUAGUACCGGUUACUUCUGUACCCUCAACACGGUGAACCUGGUUUCCGGGGGGCAGCAGAAGCUACGAACCCUGCUUAACAGUGCCAACCAGAUUACCAUAAUCAAAAUAGAUCAUCUCGUAGUGCCGGUGACGGCCGCCGGAAGGAAUCUGCUCAGUUUAGCGACCAUUACGAACGGCAUCUUCUACCAACGGUAUCUCGAGGCGGAAUUCCUGGUCCCCUCGGGAACGGUGUUCGGUGAACUUUCGGUCAAAAACGCACCGAAUCUGCGCUCGUUUAUCGUCGGUGGCGAGUGUCAGGUGGCGAUACUGACCCUCGAGCAGACCUCGAUCGAUCGCAUCCCCCCGACGAUCGGUACCCUCGGAAAGCUGGCCCAUUUGCGGCUGAUAAACAACAAACUAACCCGGCUGCAACUCGAUGUGCUGGUCCGUACGCGUAACUUCGAUCUUUCGGACAACUGGCUAGAGUCCAUUGAUCUAGCCAUGUUUGUGCCGCUCACGCGCCUAGAACGGCUCAUGCUGGAUCGGAAUCGAUUGGUGCGCCUAGGAUCGUCCAUACCGGUCAUGCUUCCUUCGUUGAAAUUUCUAAUGGUGGAGCAGAACAAUCUGACCACACUGAACUGGGAUGGGCUGGUGCACCUGCCAAAGCUGGGCGUACUGUCGCUCAAUAAGAACGGUUUCGAGGAUGUUCCGAAAAGCUGGGGAUCACUCGACGAUCUGUACGCCGUUAUGAUGGAAAACAAUCGGGUGCGUACGUUCGAUUUGGCAGUGCUGCGUCCCCUACCGGUACUGCAGCAAAUCUAUUUGUUGCGAAACCAAAUCACAUCCGUACAGUUCAGUGGAUCGAACUGUGACCUGCCACCACUGCAAAUGAUCAAUCUGUCCACGAAUCAAAUCAAAUCGUUUAACUUGCGGGGCUGUCCAUUGCCGAACCUGGGCACGCUAAUGCUCACCUCCAACCAGCUCCAGGUGGUACCCGCAUCGCUACUGAAGACUGACACAAACGUGGCCGUGCUCAUGCGUCUCAAUCCCUUGCGCUGCACCAAUCUUAAACAGUACACCCAUCAACUCAUCUACAAUAUGCUGUACACGGACUUCCUCAUGCCCGGCAUAACCGCUUGUCCCAAUGGAUCGUUCUUCAUAGCGGAAGUCAACAGGACGGUGUGCUGUGUGGAGAAUCCACAGUGAAGCAAUCAAUAAAUGAUUUGUUUUCACCGAAGGACUUGGUUGAGUCCAAUGCAGAAGAUGCUAUAACAUUGUGAUCAGUGAUCAGAAAAUUAAACAUGCCGGCGACCAUU